GUAUCUCUCAAGCGUUCAUCCGAACAGCAUCAGCAAGAUGUGGAUUACAUUGCUCGUGUUAGUGCUGUUGGCGGUAGUCUACUGGAUAAGGCAACGACUUUCCUACUGGAAGCUGCGCGGCGUCCCAUACGUUAAGCCCUCCUUCCCUCAGGGAAAUUUGGCUGGCGUUGGCAAGAAGAGUCACAUGUCGGAAAUUCUGCAAAAUUGCUACAAACAACUUAAAAGCUCUGGCAAACCUUUCGGUGGAAUUCACUUCUUCAUCAAUCCCGUCGCACUGCUGAUCGAUCUCGAUCUUAUUAAGACGGUUCUGGUGAAAGAUUUCCAAUACUUUCACGAUCGUAACCUCUACCAUAACGAUCGAGAUGAUCCCCUGUCCGGUCAUCUGGUCGCCAUGGAAGGAACUAAGUGGAGGAACCUAAGGGCGAAGCUGACACCUACCUUCACUUCGGGUAAAAUGAAGCUGAUGUUCUCCACGGUGACUGCUGUGGCGGAAGAGUUUGACAAGUGUAUGAUGCACGAGAUCAGCCGCAGCUCCGUGGUGGAGAUGAAGGAUCUUCUGGCACGCUUCACUACGGACGUUAUCGGUUCGGUUGCGUUUGGGCUCGAGUGCAACAGUUUAAAAGAUCCCGAGGCAAAGUUUCGUGUGAUGGGCCGCAAGGUGUUUCAAUUGUCGCGCUACCGAGCGCUCAAGAUCUUUCUCGCCGGACAGUUCCCACAGAUUGCACGCGCGUUCCACGUAAAGUUAACUGCUCCAGAUGUGUCCGAUUUUUUUAUGGGUGUCGUUAAAGAUACGAUCGAAUUUCGCAAAAGUAACAAUGUGCAACGGAACGACUUCAUGACACUGCUAAUGAAGUUAAUGAAGGAACAGGUGGAACAGAGUGAAGCCGCUGACCAAAUAGAUCACCUAACGUUCGACGAAAUUGCUGCUCAAGCGUUUGUCUUUUUCCUGGCCGGGUUUGAAACGUCCUCCACGGCAAUGUCGUUCUGUCUGUACGAGUUGGCGCUUCAGCAGGAGCUGCAGGACAAGGCACGCCAGAACGUUAGGGAAGUGUUGAAGAAGUAUGACACGAUUAGCUACGAAGCGAUACACGAGAUGAAGUACAUCGAGAUGUGCAUUAAUGAAUCUCUUCGAAAAUAUCCACCGGUGACUACCCUCACGCGUAGAGUUGAAAACGACUAUCGCGUACCGGACACUGAUCAGGUAUUGCAGCAAGGCAUCAUGGUUGCUAUUCCCGUGUAUGCCCUUCAUCACGAUCCCGAAUACUUCCCCAAUCCGGAACGAUUCGAUCCGGAGCGAUUUUCUCCGGCACAGAGCGAAAAGCGUCAUCCAUUUGCUUUUCUACCGUUCGGUGAAGGACCACGCAUAUGUAUAGGGUUACGAUUUGGGAUGAUGCAGGCACGUGUUGGACUAGCGUAUCUUCUGAAGAACUUCCGGUUUACGCUUGCAAAGGACAGGAUGAGUGUACCGUUGCACAUUACACCGGCUAGCACGAUUAUGACCAUCGAUGGAGGGCUUUGGUUAAAUGUGGAAAAACUGUAAAGAAGAAC